UGCGGUGCUUUUGAAAUGGAUUAGGAGCAAACAUGGAGCAAACAACAUCAGACUCAAAUCAGGUGUAUUUCAUUUUAUGAUUAUUGCUGCAACCCACUGAAGCUGUACAAAGAACAUUUUUCAAUUUUUUAGGAGUCGUAUUUUUAAUUUUUUAUGACUUCCACUGCAAAUACCUGAGACAGAGGUUGACCUGCGGACAUGAGGAACUUGAUUUUGUCUCAGCUAAAGAUGGGGAGUGCAGCUUUUUGUGCCCUUUUACUCCUCUUGUUUUUCUGCACUGGAGGGAAAUGUGAGAUUCAGUCAUCAAACCCUGCUAGCCCAUCAGCUAACCCUCCCGUUGUAAAACCUUUCGAUCAUGAACCCCAACCUUUCCCCGAAGAGGAAAAGGCCAACCUACCAGUUUUUACUAUGGAUUACCCUCGGAUACAGGUUCCUUUUGAGUUUACACUGUGGGUACUGCUGGCCUCCUUUGCCAAAAUUGGCUUCCACGUUUCUCACAAAAUCACCAUCUGGAUCCCAGAGUCUUGCCUCCUGAUCAGCAUCGGCCUCAUUGUUGGCGCCAUCAUGCACUCAGUCAAGGAGGAGCCUCCUGCUGUCCUCAGCUCAAACGUCUUCUUCCUCUACAUGCUCCCACCAAUCGUCCUGGAAAACGGCUACUUCAUGCCCACGCGUCCGUUCUUCGAGAACAUAGGGACAGUGGUGUGGUACGCCGUGGUAGGAACUUUGUGGAACAGCAUCGGUAUCGGGCUUUCUCUCUUCGCCAUCUGCCAGAUUGAGGCGUUUGGGGUUCAAGAUAUCAACCUGCAGGAGAACUUGCUGUUUGCCUCCAUCAUAUCAGCAGUGGACCCUGUAGCUGCGCUGAAUGUGUUUGAGGACAUCGGGGUCAAUGAGCAGCUUUAUAUAGUCAUAUUUGGAGAAGGGCUUUUCAAUGAUGCUGUCACUGUGGUACUCUAUAACAUGUUCAGCUUUGUGGCUGACAUGCCCGUUGUCGAAUCCACAGAUGUGUUUCUGGGCGUGGCCAGGUUUUUUGUGGUUGGGAUUGGCGGUGUCCUCUUUGGCUUCCUGUUUGGCUUUGUGGCGGCUUUUACCACCCGCUUCACCUACAACGUCCGCCAAAUCGAGCCCCUCUUCGUCUUCAUGUACAGCUACCUGGCCUACUUGGUGGCUGAGCUGUUUGCCAUUUCCAGCAUCAUGGCCAUUGUAAUGUGUGCCAUAACCAUGAAGUACUACGUGGAGGAGAAUGUGUCCCAGCGAUCCUGCACCACCAUCCGCCACGUUGUCAAGAUGCUGGCCACCAUCUCAGAGACCCUCAUCUUCUUCUUCCUGGGGGUCGUCACCAUAACGACCGAGCACGAGUGGAACUGGGCCUACAUCCUGUUCACGCUGCUGUUUGCCUUCGUCUGGAGAGGACUGGGUAUUCUGGUGCUGACCCAGAUUGUCAACCCCUUCCGGACCAUCCAGUUCAAUUACAAGGACCAGUUUGGCCUGGCCUACGGAGGCCUGCGAGGGGCAAUCUGCUUCGCCCUGGUCUUCACCUUGCCUGAUAACAUCAACAGAAAGAAUUUGUUUGUCACCGCCUCGGUUGCCAUCAUCAUAUUCACCGUCUUCAUACAGGGCAUCAGUAUCCGUCCUAUAUUGGAAUACAUAAACAUCAGAAGAACCAACAAAGAUCUGAACACUAUCAACGUUGAGGUUCACAGCAGGCUGAUGGAGCAUGUGGUUUGUGGCAUUGAGGAUCUGUGUGGACAGUGGAGCCACUACUACUGGAAAGACAAGUUUAAAAAGUUCAACGAUCGUGUUCUGCGGCGGAUCCUGAUCCGGGACAGCAGGGCUGAGUCCAGCAUCGUGGCUUUGUACAAGAAACUGGAGCUGCAGAACGCCAUGGAGCUGCUGGACACGCCUAUGGGAGACAUCAGCGCAGCGCCAUCUAUCGUUUCUCUCCACGAUGAGAAGUUGGCCGCCUCCAGACCAAAGAAGAAGUUCCUGGCUGCCGAUGUGAAAAAGAUGCACGACAUUCUGUCAAAGAACAUGUACCAGAUCCGACAGAAGACAAUUGCCUUCACCAGCAAACACAAUCUGCCCAACAACAGCCAAGCCCAGGAGAUUCUGAUUCGCCGACACCAGAGCAUCAGGCGAAGCAUCCGCCCUGGAAGUUUCCGUGACCCGGUUGUGCAUAAGUCUCAGAAAUACUACUCCCUGCAGCCUGGUGGGAACCUGGAGUCGGCUUUUACCCUGAGAAGACGAAGUCAUGUCCUCCAGUCCACCUCUGGCCAGUCACCUCGCUCCUCUUCCCGCUCCCUGGUUCCUCUGAGCCGACUCGGCACUCUGAGGGAGUCGGAUCCACGGCAGCAGCCCGGUGCUCCUGGGGUAGACACGGUGGACGAGAGGGGCCUUGGAAGUCUUAAAGGCUCAAGCCUCAGAGGCAGGAAAGCUCCACUUCCUGCCCCGAGGAAGCGCCUCUCGUCUCAGGCAGAGGGAGACGGAGACCCUGAUGACUUCAAGGAGGCGGGGGAGGCAGGAGAGAGGGAGGAGGCAGCAGCUCGUCCUCCUCCUCUACCACCACCUCGAGGCUGGGUGCCAGACAAUCAGGACUCCCAGGAAGAAGGAACAGGGAGACCCCUAAUUAGGCACUCCUCACAGGGGUCCCGUGGUUCUUGGAGACCCUGAGAGACUGUGUGUGUGUGUACAAGUACAAUAAGCAGUAUGAGGAAUCUGGCAGGGGGAUGACUGAACUGCCAGUUGGACUUUUAGCUCUACAGUUUUUUCUCUAACCUCACAAACUAGCUGGCCAUGCUCCAAAAGAAACGGAAUUGGAGGCGACAAAACAGCCGGACCAGUUAGUGUCCUUUGAGGAACCGCAAGUGUGGAUGACGCCACAAGAAGCUGCAGUGCAGUCGAAACAACAAGACUUCAGUGUAGCCUCAGCUGUUUGUGUAGCUUCAGCUGCCUCACAGUACCAUUAUGGUUUGUUUGUCGGAUUGGGCGGCUUAUGAUCGACAGAUGGUUGAUCUAAUCACCUGUUAUGUAUUUUUUAUAAAUGCCUGUUGCUGCUGCUCCUUUUGCAAACAGUUUGAACCCCACAGUCCAGAUUCUGUUACGUGAAUGAAAUGAAAUCAGAGUACAACUGUGCCAGGCAGGAGCUGGUUUGAAUGUAGAAAUUAUAUUAUUUGUUGACUUAAAACUCAAAGAAGGAGUUUUUCAUAGUGCAAGUUAAGUAACUGGCAAGCAUCAUGAGCAAGACAGGAACUGGAGUGCACUCAGAUCUCCGCCGGGUGUAUCUCCUCUUCUCUGGUGCUCAGAUUUAGGUGACAAACCAGCUGCUGGGAAAAGGGAAAAUACGGAGGCAGUGCCUGCGUUUCUCCUGUUCUCCACUCUCCGCUUGUCACUUAGGUGAAUAACUUCCUGAGGAGUUAGCACUGAUCAUGUAGUCAUAACUGUGCACAAAAAAUAUUAGGCCAGUAGUAUGGGAGAUUAGGUGGAGACAGAUACACACACAUACACACACACAUCACCAAACUCAAUAUCCCCUCCAGGCUGCCUUCUGCCUUCUGCCAGAGACAAUAACAAUGUUCUCUAUUCAUCCAUGAUCAUGGCUAGAUUGUAUUCUUUCAGUUAGCAGAGGGGCACUUGGUUUCAUCACACUAAACAACUCCCCUCUUACCUCUUGUCUGUCUGUUUGUGCUUCAGUUUAAAGUUACGUAGAAAAGCAGUGGUUCUUUGGCUCCGCCCAGUGAUGUUUACCUCAGCCAAUGAGAUCAUUUCUGCUUCAAUUCUGCCUCAGAGAGAUUAAAGUGUCUUUAUACUCAAAUGUAAUGUACAUGUAGUGUAAAGUGUGAAUAUAAAGAACAUUCCUGUACAGAGAUAUCCCCCUUAUAAUCAGCCAAUCAGAGUGCAUUGCCUUGCCGAGGCUUGACGUGAAGUUGAGGUUCUUGGGCAGGGGCGCAACACCUACACUACACAUUAAAUAGUGCCAGUUUACACGCAGAGAGGCUUUUCACAUGUAAGUAUAAAAAUAUGCUUAAAAUUACAAUCCUCAAUAACAGGCCCCUCGGAUACAUACUGUACUGUGAGUGCGCACACACACACACACACACACACACACACACACACACACACACAC